AUGCAUUCUUCCAUUCUCUUUGCGACUGUCUUCGCCAGUCAGACCCUGGCCUAUGGCCUCACUCCUUCGGGUUCUACUGUUGGACGAUAUGCCGCCCCACUAGCCGUCAUGGCUCUUCCAGCCGCUGGUUUCCCUAUCUUCAAGACUGUCGAGAUCAGAGAUCCUCAUCACCAGGGACAGCAGGCCAACAACGCCAAUGCCAAUAAUGCUAAUGCCAACGCUAACGCCAAUGCCAAUGCCAAUGGCUGCAAUGCCAAGCGAGACGAAGAACUUGAAGCUCGACACCAUCAAGGGCAGCAGGCCAACAAUGCGAAUGCCAACAAUGCCAACGCAAAUGCUGCCAACGCAAAUGCUUGCAAUAACAAACGCGAUGAGGAGCUUGAGGCUCGUCACCAUCAAGGGCAGAAGGCUAACGCUAAUGCGAAUGCCAACGCCGCCAACGCUGCCAACGCCAACGCUGCCAAUGCCAAUGCCAACGGCUGCAAUGCCAAGCGAGAUGAGGCACUUGAGGCCCGUCAUCACCAGGGCCAGAAGGCUAACAACAACGCGAACGCCGCCAACGCCAACGCCGCCAAUGCCAAUGGCUGCAACAACAAGCGAGAUGAAGAGCUUGAGGCCAGACAUCACCAAGGGCAGCAGGCUAACAACAACGCCAACGCGGCAAAUGCCAAUGCUAAUGCCAACAAUGCCAACGCCAACGCUGCCAAUGCCAAUGCCAAUGCCAAUGGCUGCAAUGCCAAGCGUGACGAGGAGCUCGAGGCCAGACAUCAUCAAGGACAGCAGGCCAACAACAACGCCAAUGCCAACGCCGCCAAUGCCAACGCUAACGCUUGCAACAACAAGCGAGACGAGGAGCUUGAGGCUAGACAUCACCAGGGUCAGCAGGCCAACAACAAUGCCAAUGCUAACAACGCCAACAAUGCCAAUGCCAACGCCGCCAAUGCAAACGCCAAUGCUAAUGCUUGCAACAACAAGCGUGAUGAUGAGGUUUAUGCCCGUCACCACCAAGGACAGCAGGCGAACAAUGCCAAUGCCAACAACGCCAAUGCCAACGCAAACGCUAACAACGCGGCGACCUGCAACUAAAGGGCACCGUCAAGUCUCCUGGAUUCGUCUACAGACAGACGUCUGGGAUGUGUUAUUUGGUAAAAUUCCGC